AUGCACACAAGUUUCACAGACGCGGAAGACAAGCUGCUGGUGCAGAUCGCGUUCCAGUUCGAAAAGGAGGGCUUACGUGUCACAUGGGACUACGUAGCCCGCCAAAUGAAGACCAAGCGGUCCGCCCGCCAGCUGAGGCUUCGGUUAGCCAGCCUAAUAAGGACGUACGGAAAGGCAAUUAGUGGUUUCCCGCCAUGUUUUCUUCGCGGCAUGUCUUCAAGACGUCUUCUCGGAGCACCACCACAACCACCACCAGUCGUAUUGCAACGACCGGUACGACCAGCCUGCCGACCUCCAGCUACUCCGUCGAGUGCUAAAGGUCCCUACGGUGAUCACCACGCGCCAGGUGAUGACAUAUCUGCGAGUGCCACGAGUGGCAAAGAGGUGCCGGAUAGCAAGGAGAAAGAAAUCCAAGGUCGCUGUGAUCAAGGUGGAGGUGGCUGUAUUGUACGAAGUUGUGGUCAUCCACUGGUGGCUAUAGCGAAAAGCGCUUCGGGAACUGACUUCGGAUCUUGUGGAGAUAAUCUAGACGAUGUCCAAGCUGCUGAGGCAGUUGAUAUCAUUUUUGGAAGUAUCAGUGCUCAUGACGUCCGCCAACCCGCUGGCCGCACUUAUGACAAUGCGGGUGAGGUGGUACCGUCUGGCGUUACUCUCCUACUUGCAGCCGUUGACCUACUCGAUAAAGCGGACGUAUUUCUCGACGUUGGGGCUGGUGUUGGCAACGUGCUUGCGCAGGUAGCGCUUAUGACGAACGUCAGAGUGUGCGUCGGGAUCGAGCUUCGACGAGACCUCGUCUCUAUCGGUGAGCAUUGCAUGCGACCGCAGCACAGGAAAUACCCACGGCUCAGGAAGGUACUACUCAAGCAAGCGGAUUGUAGAGAUGUUUUGAUGUCAUAG